CUCUCUCUCUCUCUCUCUCCAGCGGGUGCGGUGCGGGGGGCGGAGAGGAGGCGAGAGCCCAGACGAGGGCGAGGAGCUCAAUUCAGCGGCGAAACAGAUCAAGAGGAAUGUCUGUCAAAUCCAGAAAUUCUACUAUGAAAGCAGGAGCGACACAAGUAGUUGGUAGCACGAAACACAACAGUGCUGCCCCAGGACUGUAUAUACUAGCUGAAGACCCUUCAUUUUUUAAUGGUGUAACUGGAAAAGCUAUGGCCAUACCAAAGACAAAAUCAUUAACUACCCAUUUCACCACUGUUAAAAUACCAAAGUUUGGGAUAUCAAAGAGAAAUUGUGAAGGAGAUAAACCUGAAAAAACUUCCAAAGAUGCAACGUUUCAAGUUUCCUUAGAUGAACAGAAUCAAAUGCUGGAAAGAAUCUGUAUGUUGGAAAGAGAAAUUGUGCAGCUGAAAACACAAUUAGAAGAAAAGGAUACAAGCUUAAACAAUGUCACCAAAUUAAUGCAAGAUAAGAUUUCUGAACACGCUCAGUUGGUGGAAGAAGAACAACAAUCUCAUGAACUGACACGAGAGAAGCUGGAACAAUCAGAAAAUGUGGUAGCAGAAAAGAUACAGUUACUUCAUGAUCAUCAAAAGGAGUAUGAACAAAGUACUGAGGACCUUAAAGAGUUGCACAAAGUUAGAGUGGCUACAAUCAUAAAAGAGACUACAUCAGAGAUUAACUGCAGAGAUGAGAAGAUUGCCAAGAUGAAGCAACAAAUCUCAGAGAUCCUAAAAGGAAAAUCUUGGGAACGACAGGAGCAAUUGAAUGGAAUGAAAAAGGAAUUAAAGAGUGUAUCAGAUGAAGUCACUGUACUUGAAAGAAAACUUGAGUUGCAAAAGUCUCUCGAACAGGAAUGUGACAACUGUAAAUCUCCAAUGUCAAAGGAAGAAGUGAAGAUCCUGGAAGUAAGACUUAAAAAAUCGAACAAUUGAUGAACUACAAAGCAUCUGCAAAUCAUUUGAGCAACAACCGGUGAAGCAAUUAAAUAAUUUAUCCCUGUAUUUUCAACGUAGCCUAAAGAAAAGUUCCACCUUUACUGCUUUUGUUUUCUCUUGACAGGAACAAAUACUAAAACUAGUCAGAAAACACGAAAUUAUAAAACUGGUGGGUUGAUGGAGAUUGUCAAGUUACAAGAUGCCAGGCCUGACACUAAACGAAAUACAAAACUUAACAAAAAGACUCAUGCAAACUAUCAACAAUAUUGUGAAUCUGGCAUCCCAAUAGUUCUGACAGAUGAUCACUGAAGAUCACAUAAGAUCUUCUUAGUGGGUACCACACAAUCAGUCCUGGCUGGAUUGAAAUCCCUCAUUGGGUUGAGGGAUUCAAUAGGAAAGGUUUAAAAAUUGCUGUGAAGGACCAAUCUGCAUUAAAUAACAGAUUACCUAAUCAGUACAGAUGAGAAAUGCGUGUCCCAGACCAGCUCGAACUUUUGGCUGAUGUUGAAAAUUGAAGAGGUGACAUAACCUACCAUUUCAUGGCUCAGCAGUUAAAGCACCAUAAAAGGUGCAGUUGCUUUCAUGGCGAUGUGUGAAGUGACCAUCUAAUUACUUUCUCAGCACCAAAAUAAUUAAGAGCAACCAAAGCCAACCUAUUUUAAAUAUAUAUAUAUUUACUAAUAGCAAGGUAUAUGAAAUAUGGUGUGGAACUAAUCAACUGGUAUGAAGUACAUUAUUGAAGGUUAUAAUUCAGAACACUUAACAGGUAACAGUUCUGAUGUGGCAUUUAUUACUGGUUGAUAUCUUUCCUGUGACCAGCUAGUAUUCAGAAGUCAGCCUUAUCUUUGAAAAAAUUGAAAAGGAACAUCCGUAACUCUGUCUAUCCAGCACCUUUGGACGUCCUCCUGACGUGAAAGGCCCUUUACAAAUGUAAUUUUGUUGUUGUUACCUUAACUAAACCUUCAGAAAAUGUGGAAGAUGUAUUUGAUAUUGUGAAUGCGGCACAAUUUUACUGUAAUAAUAUUUUUUUAAAAAAAGGUUAUAGGAUAAUAAAUGGAUUAUUUCGAAAUCACACACAACUUCACUCAGCAGUUACAGAUAUCUUGUAAAGGCCAAUGUACAAUUUACAGUACAUUCCGUGAACCUUUAUUGUUCAAUACAAUUUGUAACUCACACAUUAAAAAAACAUUUUCAUGGCAAAACUAUUUUUAUUAUUACAAAAAUAAUUGCAUAGAGGUUUGUCCUGUGAUGCCUAAAUCUACAUUAACCACAAACAAGCGAUUUAUAAUUUGGGGAUGGAUGUAACAUUAAUACACUGUUAUAUUCAUCACUAUUCUUAAACAAUUGAUUUAAUAAUGUCAGUGAUUAGAACAUUUGAGUGACAUGCCACUGCUGGCAAGUUCAGUUUAUGAGCAAUAUAUUGCUCAAUGUUAUAUUAUGGUUAAUGUAUUGCAUUAAAAAAAUCAAUAACGUCUUACGCUUGUAACAUUAUGUUGUAGACACAAUUAUUUGCAUUAACAAAAGCAUUCCAUGAAAACAUGCAGAAUUUUCCUGCAAAUUAACAAGACACCUCACCAUUUAAUAGUUGACCACACAAAGAAAAAUAUUCUUUUGAAAAAUGAUUUUUUAAAAAGGAACAUCUACAGAUAUACUGUAGCGCCUUUCAUGUCAGGAGGAUGUCCCAAAGCACUUCGCAGGAUACACUGUGAAGUAAAGUGACUGUAUUUCUAGGUGAACGUAGCAGCCAAUUUGCGCACAGUAAUGUCCCAUAAACAACCAGGAGGUGAAUGAACAAUUUUAUUUGAGGGAUUGUUGGCCAGGAACUAGUAGAAAUAAGCAUCACGAAUAGCCACAUAAUGUUCUUAGCUACUUAUAAUUUUUAAGGAAAUUGAAUAUAAUUUGAUGUAAUUUCUCAAAUAAGGUGUAAUUAUAAUGUUAUGUUAUGAGGGACUAAUAUAAUAGUCUGUGCACAGAGUAUUGGUCACCUGUUUGGCAAUCAUUUCAUGUCUUGAACUACGAAUUAAAUCAUUUUUAAAUUUUGAA